AUGGGCGGCUUCGACCUCUACUGCGUGGUUUGCGGCGCCGGCCUAAGCAGCCACGGGUGGGAUCCCGAGGUGUUACCAGGAGAAACGACAGCCUGGAUGGAAGAUAUCCGGCUCAUCGGCCAGAAUCCAGAGAAGACAUCCAUAAACAAAGCGUUUAUCUCGGGUCGCGCGCUCUAUGACGACUCGGGGUUCUUUGACGUCGAACCUGGAGAUGACCCCAAUUUCCCGACCGUGAAUCAAAUCGAUUACAAUAGGGAUGGGCUUGCCAUGAUUCGGGGAUUCGACUGGGAGGAAUCCAUAGGUCUUGUGGUCCCGUUCCACACGGCAUGCCACCAGUUGCUGCAGGAGGACAUCUCGCACUGGUUGAGGAAAAGAGACAGGGUCAAUACCGAUGUCCUAUAUCAGACUUUAAAAUCAUUCGCAGACGAAAAUGACGAAUGUGCCAAUUGCCUGAAUCGAGUCGAUUACGGGGAGAUUUCCAAGCUGCAGGAUCAGUAUUGGGGGCCGCAGGCUGGCGACGAAGUCUUUGGGGCUCACCCAAUUGCUAUUCCCGAGCUCGAAACAUACUACAAAGACCUGCCAUUAUUGACAACAUCGAAAGAAGAGGAAAGACAGAACAGAUGGCACCUAAAGGAAACAACCCCGGACAGAGACCCAUUUGCUAAACUGGCCCCGGAACUUCUGCUCAUGGUACUGGAUAAUCUACCAAUUCCAUCCCUCAACUCUGCCCGAGCUGCUAGUUGCGCCAUAGCUAGACUCAAGCUUGACAAUGGUUUCUGGUACGGAAAGAUAAGGCACGACAUGGCUUGGUUGUAUGAUCUGCCCAAGCACAACGCAGUUGCCUCUCAGAAUCUGGACUGGGCUCAAGUAUACCAAGAUCUUCUCUCGAGAAGUCAAUCCGACAACCAAAUUAAGGUUGAAGGCCUUGUCAACCGCCGAAGAGUCUGGGGAAUCUGCGAUCAAAUUGCUGCCCAAUUCUCGGAUUACCAAAAAGCCGCAGACGACCGCAAUGGUCGACAAUGUCCAAUCCUCGCGGAAGCUAUUUCCACGCGAAUGGCACGACUGGCUGAGCCCGAACAAGCCGAUGAUGAAACGGCGUCUUUACUUUUGAUCGGUGAUUUUCCAGAAAUGGACCAUCCACGCCCUACAAUCUGUGUGUACUGGUCAAGUGAAGGUUUCUUGUCAGGACUCCGUGUUCGUCAUGAUAGCGAUUCCUCGGUUAAUCCCAAGAACGUCGUCGGGAAAAAUGAUAACCUGACUGUGUGCAAUGAAGUUGCGAUAAAACACGGUGACUGGCUGAGAGGGCUCAUUGUGACCACGCACUUGGUGAUGACCUCCGACAAGAACCCCCAGCACCAGAGGAAGAUAGUUGGACUGCAGCUCUUGUUUGCACGAGGCGAAUCCAUUCAGCUUGGUGAUGGUAAUGGUGACGCGAGAUUGGUCCACGUCAAAAAUGACCUUCUGGUCGGACUAAUUGCCCAGUGGUCCCCAGCCGGUAAUAUAAAUGGCAUUUCACUGCUUCAAUGCCCUGUGCUAGGUCGUUCAGCACAAGCAGAGCAGCUAAUCCAACUCCAAAUGCACCAACCCUACGCCGGCUCUGACAUCGACUCACUGUGUUGGAGGGACGGCCUUCCCCCAUCAGAGAUGACUCUAGAAACAGAGCACACCAGCAACCGGGACCCGGGAAAUAAAGAAGAGAUGCGCCCAAUGGAAACGCUCAUCUUCGGCCACAAUCAGGAAGAGCUAUCAACCAUCACCGAAAUCUCAUGCGACGUUCAAUUCGGGGCAUUUGAGGUCCGGUACUCCGAUCAAACCGUUCAGUCGAUUGGGCCGCGGACUUUGACCAUGAAAUCACUGAAAAUUGAUGGCUCGGGAGGCGAGCGCAUUGUUGCCAUCGGCGCCACUACAAAAACUCUAGCCACGACAAUCUGGAUAGGAACCAAUCGCAACCGCCAGCUAGUGGUCGGAUCCCACGCAGCAGGUCCGGCGAGCAUGAAUUGGCGUGCGUCCGAGAUAGGGAAGGCCAUAUGUGGGUUAAGUUGCUUUUGGAGUAGUGCUUCGCCACAGAGUCAACUCGUCACUGUGGCACCGCUUUUUAUAUCAGUUCCAACUACGUCCUCUGAAACUGGGCCUGCUGAGCUGCAACAACACAGUUGUCGCAAAGAUAAAAAUGGGUACUUAUGGGAGCCGGAACCCCCUCCAUCCUCGUGGACCGAAACAGGUCCCAUCUAUUGCCCGCGUGAGGUGUUUGGUUCCCGUAUUGCUGGAUCCCUGGACUGGCCAUCCAAACACACGACUUUGACUUGGCUUGAUUGCACUCAAUCCGUGGAAAAGCUCAGGCUGGUCUUUGCGCACCCAACCGCUUUUCUUCCGUUCUCUCCUACCAGCAUUAUUUUGGAAUACAGCGAUGGGUCUGUCGGGUCCGUCGGUCCAACCCGCGUCGCGACACCGACAGACUCCGAGGGUAAAGACGGCAGGCCGUGGUGCUGGUGUCAUAUGGCUUCCAAGUCAGAUAUCACUCAUGAAUUCCACUACCAUUCUGAGGAGUGGACAGUCGGCGGAGUGCCGCUGGACUGCAUACGGCUCUGGGUCGACAAUGGGCUGCAUGGGUUCCAGUUUUGCUCUGCGAAUGGCGAAAGUCCACUGUGGGGGACCUGCGAUGGACAGCCUACUGAGACUAUUCCGUUUGGGUUGAGUGCUGGACAGGCUGUUGGGUUAAAGGCUUACGUGGAUUCGAACAGUAGGCCCGUUACAUACAAGGAUCAAAUCAUCGUGGCACUUCAGGCGUUGGCCCCAGCCUCUUAA